UCCCAAGGCUUCGCUCGGCAUUCUGGGAGUUGUAGUCCCGGCUUGCCUCCAGGCCACGUGUAGGAAGCGGCCGGACAGACGCAUGCGCCCUCCAGCCCCCUUGCAGUGCUAGUUGCUACAGAGGGCUCUGUCGCUGAGCCUUGACGUUCUGACCCGGGGAGCCCAGGGUUCCUCUCUCAGAGCAUCUGGCAGAUAUGUCUAAUGCAAAAGAGAGAAAACAUGCUAAGAAAAUGAGAAACCAGCCCACCAAUGUGACUUUGUUCUCUGGCUUUGCGGCUAAUAGAGGUGGAAAGCAUCAUAAUGGAGGUGGAAAACCUGCCCAAACUCAAAAGCAAGAGUCUCAUUCUGGAACUUCACAACAGCAGGAAACCAAAGUGACCCACCAUUCUCUGUCUGACCCUGAUGUGAAUGAGCAGUCUUCCUCCAAAGUAAUGUUUAGGAAAAAGGGAGGAUGGAAAGCAGGCCCUGAGGGCACGUCCCAGGAGAUUCCCAAGUAUAUAACUGCUUCUACUUUUGCUCAGGCCCGAGCUGCUGAAAUCAGUGCUAUGUUAAAAGCGGUGACCCAGAAGUCUUCUAAUUCCAUGGUUUUCCAGACACUGCCACGGCACAUGAGGCGAAGAGCCAUGAGCCACAACGUCAAACGCCUCCCUCGACGCUUACGUGAGAUCGCCCAGAAAGAGGCAGAGAAAGCAGUGCAUCAGAAAAAAGAACAUUCAAAAAAUAAAUGCCAUAAAGCUCGAAGAUGUCACAAAAACCAGGUGCUGGAAUUUAACCGUAGACAAAAGAAGAACAUGUGGUUAGAAACUCAUAUCUGGCACGCCAAACGGUUUCACAUGGUCAAGAAGUGGGGCUACUGCCUCGGGGAGAGGCCGACAGUCAAGAGCCACCGAGCCUGCUAUCGAGCCAUGACUAACCGUUGCCUUCUUCAGGAUUUAUCCUACUACUGUUGUUUGGAGUUGAAGGGCAAAGAAGAAGAAAUACUAAAGGCACUUUCUCAAAUGUGUAGCAUAGAAACAGGAUUGACUUUUGCUGCAGUUCACUGUUUAUCUGGAAAGCGUCAAGGUAGUUUGAUGCUUUACCGGGCAAAUCAAUACCCCAGAGAAAUGCUUGGGCCUGUCACAUUCAUUUGGAAGUCCCAGAGGAGCCCUGGUGAUGCCUCGGAGAGCAGGCAGUUGUGGAUCUGGCUCCAUCCCACUGUUAAACAGGAGAUCUUAGAGGAAAUAAAAGCAGUGUGCCAGUGUAUGGAACCUAUCAAAUCAACUGUCUGCACUCCUGACCCUCUUCUGACACCGCCCCAAGAAAAAAGCCAAACUGAACUGCCUGAUGAGAAAAUUGGCAAGAAAAGAAAACACAAAGAUGGUGGAGAAAAUGCUAUACCAGUUAAAAAAUUUAUUGGGGACGCAACUAGAGAUCCACAGCAGCCAUGUUCUUGGGUAUCGCCAGCCACAGGCAUUGUAAUUAGUGAUUUGACGAUGGAGAUGAACAGAUACCGGCUGAUUGGUCCACUCUCCCAUUCCGUCCUAACUGAGGCACUAAAAGCUGCUUCUGUCCACACCGAUGGCGAGGAUACAGAGACGACACCUCACUGCUGGUGGAUUGAAACCUGUAGGAAUCCUGAUAACGUUUCCCUUCAUCACAGACAAGAAGACUUUUUUGAAUUGUUGAGAGGAAUAACAUCACCAGGAGAAAUUCCAGCAGGUACUAUUCUGGGACUGACAGUUGGGGAUCCUCGAAUAAAUUUGCCUCAUAAGAGAUCCAAAGCUUUGCCUGAUCCAGAAAAAUGCCAAGAUAAUGAGAAAGCUAGACAGCUGCUUCUGGAGGGUGUGCCUGUGGAGUGUACACAUAGCUUUAUCUGGAACCAAGCUAUCUGUAAGAGUGUCACAGAGAAUAAAAUCUCGGAUCAGGAUUUAAACCGGAUGAGAAGUGAAUUGCUGGUGCCUGGGUCACAGCUUGUUUUAGGUCCCCAGGAAUCCAAGAUACCUAUACUUUUGAUUCAACAACCAGGGAAAGUAACUGGUGAAGACCGACGGGGAUGGGGAAGUGGCUGGGAUGUCCUUCUUCCAAAGGGCUGGGGCAUGGCUUUCUGGAUUCCAUUUAUUUAUCGAGGUGCCAGAGUUGGAGGGUUAAAAGAGGGUUUAGUACAUUCACAGUAUAAAAGGUCACCUAACAUCCCAGGUGAUUUCCCAGACUGCCCUGCUGGGAUUCGGUUUGCUGAAGAGCAAGCUAAGAAUCUUCUUGAAAAGUACAAAAGACGCCCUCCUGCAAAACGGCCCAACUAUGUUAAGCUUGGCACUUUGGCCCCUUUCUGCUGUCCCUGGGUGCAGUUGACUCAGGACUGGGAAUCAAGAGUACAGGCCCAAGAAGAAUCGUCUGUAGCUUCAUCUCCAAGUGGAGAGGAGGGUGACACAAGGAGACGUGAGGUGCCUUGUGCUGCCACACCUGAAAAAACUCUUAAGCUGUCUGUAAACGAACCCAUAGAGCCAGAAGAAGCAAUGGACACAGAGUGUCAAGGUCAGGCAGGGACCAAGCGGGUCGGAGACCAGGAUGCUGUCGAGAACAAUGGUGCUGCCACUGGUCGUCUCUGCGUUAUUAGGGAGAGAAAAUUACUGAAGCAGCUGUCAGCCUGGUGUGGGCCCAGCUCUGGGGGCAGCCGGGCAGCCCGACGAGCCCCUGGCAGGGGUCAGCAAGACCUGACUCGAGAGACCUAUUUGUCUGUCUUGGGCCACUUCCCCAGGGGCCUGGUAUGGGUCAGCCUGUCCCUGCUCCGCAAGGGCAGCCCAGAGCCACACACCAUGAUCUGUGUCCCAGCCAAGGAGGACCUCCUUCGUCUUAGCCAGGAUCGGCUCUACUUUGGGCCCCAGGAACCCAAACACAGUGACCCAUUUAAGAGCAAGGUCCUGAAACAGAAAGAGAAGAAAAAGAUGGAGAAGAGACAGCGACGAGGGAGUGCUGCUCCUGAGGGCCUGGCAGGAGAGGAUCCAACUGCAGGGCACGAAGCUUUAACACUGGGCUUGUGGGCAGGCCCUCUGCCAGCCGUGACUUCGCACUGUUCCAGGGUUCUCCUGGGGUUUGUCACUCAGGGGGAUUUUUCCAUGGCAGUUGGCUGUGGAGAAGCUCUGGGGUUUGUUAGUGUGACAGGCUUGCUGGAUAUGCUGUCCAGGCAGCCGGCAGAUGACAGGGGCUUGGUGUUACUGAGGCCUCCUGCCUCCCUGCAGUAUCGGUUUGCAAGAAUUGCUAUUGAGGUGUGAAUGCGUCCUACAUCCUAGCCCUACAUCCUUUGCCAAGUUCCACGAUAAGAGAAUUUUGUUUUCACUGUCUCUUCUAUUUCAGAAUAUUAUGUGAAAUUUCUUGGAAAUGAGAAUAAAAAAUGAUGUAUUAUACAAAUGGAUGAAAUCUUCACAUCAUUCUGAUAAUCUCAUUGAUUUCCAUCUUUGCCUGUCUUUGCUGUAAUCCUUUUAAAUUAUUUGGCACAUAGAGCCAAAAGCUUUCGCUUCAUGAUUUUUUUGGUCUGUGUAAUUCUUGCUGAAAAUAAUUGGAAGCUCUAUGUUUUAUUCCCCCCCUCCCCUUUUUUUAUUAGGCUCAAAGGGCUGUCAGGUCUACUUUGAAAACCUUGUAGUCAUGAUAAGCAACAAUGGUUUAUUUGUUACAGGAGAGGAAAAGACUAUAAACAUCUGGCCUCUACAUGAAAUAUGGGUCCCCACGUGGGCCGUGUUCAGUUGUGAAGUGCAAUCAGCAUGUCCAGUACCCUGUGUCAUAAAGAAGGAAAUCAUGGGAAAUUUAUCGCUGCCUGCUUUCAGGCAGCUUAGUUUAUGAUGAAAGUGUUGGGCUGAAAUUAGAAUGGGGGCCUAUGACUUUGUGACCCCUUGUCCUCUUUGUUGUUGACCAACACAUGAUUCCAGGAGUUAAUUUUUCUGUGUGUUUUGUUUCUGCAAGGUAUUCCUCAAAGCCAAAGAAGAGCAUUUCCUAAAGUAUGUUCUAUGGAAUGUGUUCCCUAAAAAAAAGGAUUCGAGGUCAAAUUGAUUUGGGAAACUCUGGCUUAAAAAACAAAGCUGAAUAUUUCUUUAUUAAAGGACUUCUAGAACCUUACUGAAGAAGGAUAUCAUGCUUGGUAAAUUAGAAGGUCAGUGAAAAAGAGUUAAGACCCUCAACGAGGUAGAUUGACACAGUGGCUGCAACAAUGGGCUCAAGCAUAACAAUUGUGAGGGUGGCCCAGGACUGGGCAGUGUUUGUUUCUGUUGUACAUAGGGUCGUUAUGAGUUGGGACUGACUCAACGGCGCCUAACAACAACAGAAACUUACUUGUGAUAGUGUGCAUUGUAAAUCUCCAGAAAGUAGAUAAUAGUGUGUAGUAUUUUCUGAAUCUUUUUGAUUCCAAAACUUUUUUGCAAGGAGCACUUUAUAAGACCAGUGUUCUUAGGGACACACCUUGUAAAUGUGGCUAUACAGUGUAAUGUCUGCCUCUGCAAGGUGAUAACCCAAAUGGCAAGCUGCUUUUAAACACUCAUGAGUCACAUUGUUCACCUGAGAUUUUGAGCUGGGUAUGAAAGAAAGGUCUCAUCUCUGCCCACUAGGAAGAGUAGAGCCAUCAUUGCUUUUUUUUUCAGGUGCAGAGCAUCUAGGUGAACUGGUAACCUAGUUGCCAUGUAUGUCUCACUCCUACCUCUCAUCCCUUAUUUUCUUGUCAGGGCUAAAACAGACUUGAAACCAGAAGAAUAUAACUUGAGAUUAAAAAAAUUAAAUGUAAGUUUGGCAUUAUUUCAUGUGAAUGCAUUGGUUUUUUGCAGUAGCAUUUGGCAGUGAACAUUUUCAGGGAAGAUGAGUUGGGGAAAGCUACAGCAAGUAUAAACACUAGUCAGAGUACCUUGAGCCAACGAAAUUUUGGAUGUUUUUCCUCUCACUAUGCCUCUGAAUUACUUGCGUCCAAGCCAAGUAAGACUGAAAAAGGUAUAACUAAGUGAUGUCUAUAAACAAUUCAAACGUCACCUGGUGUUCAGUUGUGAAUACUUAUUGGACCAUUUCUCAGUUGUUGUCUGGGCUCGAGUCACUUCACCUGUGACCUAGCUCACACCAUGACAGGUGUCUGAGGUGACCACAUGGCGUGGUCACCUCCCCUUAUUGUGUAUGGCACGUGGCCCGUGUUACAGGGGACAGGGCACAUUCCUAA